GAUGAUGAUGAUGAUGACGAUGAAGACAACGAUGAUGGGGGAAGAAUAAAAGUUGGGGUAUGUGCCAUGUCGAAGAAAUCACAUUCCAGGCCAAUGCAAGAGAUCCUAGAUCGCCUGAUCAGGUUCAAACACAUUGAGACGUUUGUAUUCGACGAGGAUACGAUUCUCAAUCAACCAAUUGAAAAGUGGCCGAUCUGUGACUGCCUAGUCUCAUUCCAUUCGAAGGGCUUCCCACUAGAAAAAGCAAUUCAGUACGUCGAAAUGAGGAAACCUUUUGUCAUCAACGACUUGAAAACUCAGUAUUGUCUGCAAGAUAGAUCAAAAGUCUACAGAACUUUAGCUCAUCAUGGGAUUGACAAGCCAAGAUAUGCUGUUAUGAAUAGAGAUCCAAGUGCUGAAGGGAUGUGCCAAUUUUCCGAAGCCGAUGACUACAUAGAAGUUAAUGGUUCCGUAUUCCACAAGCCAUUCGUUGAGAAGCCAGUCAAUGCAGAGGACCACAAUGUCUACAUAUAUUUUCCAAGCAGUGCCGGAGGCGGGAGUCAGAGACUGUUUAGGAAAAUUGGCUGCCGUAGUAGCGUUUACUCGCCAAUCAGCACCGUUCGUAAGGUUGGAUCGUUCAUGUACGAGGAAUUCAUGCCGACCGAUGGGACAGAUGUCAAAGUCGUGUAUACAGUCGGGCCAGAUUACGCCCACGCAGAAGCCCGCAAGUCUCCUGCCCUGGACGGAAAAGUGGAACGAGAUAAAGAUGGAAAAGAAAUUAGGUAUCCGGUUUUGUUGACGGCCAAGGAGAAAAUGAUUGCAAGGACCGUCUGUUUGGCUUUUAAGCAAAACGUUUGUGGAUUCGACCUACUGCGAGCCAAUGGCAGGUCGUACGUCUGUGACGUCAAUGGCUUCAGCUUCGUCAAAACGUCACCAAAAUAUUACGAUGACUGCGCUAAAAUAUUGGGUAACAUGAUAUUGAGACAGUUAGCCCCGAGUUUGCACAUUCCCUACAGCAUAACCUACCAAUCGGAGGACAUCCCUAUCGUGCCAACGACAUCCGGGACUAUGAUGGAGUUGAGAUGUGUUGUGGCUGUGAUGAGGCAUGGGGAUCGGACGCCCAAGCAGAAGAUGAAGAUGGAAGUCAAACAUAAAAUGUUCUUCAAUUUAUUUGAGAAAUAUGGUGGGUUUCAAGCUGGACAUUUGAAGCUGAAGCAUCCGAAACAACUGCAGGAAGUUCUCGAUAUUGCUCGGUUCUUGUUAUCGGAAUAUUCAUCUCGUCCGGACGGCGACUUAUUCGAGAAGCAGUCGAAACUGGAACAACUAAAAUCCGUGCUUGAAAUGUACGGUCAUUUUUCUGGCAUCAACCGUAAAGUCCAGUUCAAAUAUCAGUCGCAAUCAUCACCCAAGAAGUUCCAAGAAAAA